AUGGCGUCGACGAACACACUUUCGGACGGGAUUCCGGGAGGCAUCCCCCAAGGUACACUGUCAACAGCUGGAGGAGCAGCUGGCAGCCCGAAUCCACCAUCCGCCGGGACAGGGGGUGGUGUCUCCACGAUUGCCGGCACUGCAGGGAACUCGUUGGCAUCUUCCGUCGCAGAUCGUCCUCAGAGUGGUAGUGCUUCGCCAAGUGCUCCCAGUGGCGGCCUUCCCGGAGGCCCUCUUUCGAAUCCGGCGUCCGGCUCAAGGACAAACACAGCGUCUGUCGAUCCUGAAAAUGUAUCUGGUAUUGGGCCCGUGCCUUCCAUAAAUUCAACUGAAAGCCCUGUGACGCCGUCGGCGGCCCUGACUACCCCGAGCAUCACAUCGCCGGCGUCAACGUCGCUCUCAGCUGACUCCCGAAUUAUUUUAAGCGUCAGGCAAGAUCUCACGGCUGUUGCACCUACUGUCACUGUCACCAAUGGCGUGACAUCCACAACCAGCGACGACCAAGGUAGGAGGAGGCUUUUGAGGCGGCAGGCGUCACCUGAUAAUUCGUCAUUCGUUGGCGAUUCAGAUGUUCCCGUCCCUCACAGUUGUUCCAAUGCCAGGGUGUUCAGAAGGAGCGUGGGCACGCUGCAGAGAUCUGGGGCCGGCCGACCACUCUCAGUUGAUCCUGGUGUCCCAUACAUCGACCUGGCGGAUUAUCCCGGAGGCUCUAUUGACACGCGUUUCGAGGUGAUCGAGGACACGCUUGUCUGGAGCAGCCGGUUCUUCUUCGAAGGCAGGGCUAGGUUCUGUCAGGUAGAGGGCGGCAGUGUCUACGCAACAUUCACUUCGGCUGGGGGUCCUGAGAAAUGUAGCAACGUGAGCUUGGUUCCGUACAAGGAGCUUCAAUGCGAGGCGGGCGUAAUCGUAAACGACACUGUGAUUCCGCCUGAGCAGCCGUCAACUCUUCCACCGGUCACUGUUACUGUAUACAACGGAACCCUAUCAGCAUCAUCUCCCGGCUUAUCAACCACGCAGGACUCUCCGAGUCAAGACAGACCAAGGACAGUAUUGACAGUCGCUCCAAGUGGUACCACAGAUUCGUCAGCAUCCUAUGUAAGACGUUCCAGAACUGGCUCGAGUCGCCCACCAACCUUAAUAUCUGGAAGUGGAAGCUCAGUCUCUAUGACAUUCACCAGUCCACUCCCCAGCACGUCACAAGCAUUUUCUGGGCCGUCGCUGUCUACAAGUGGGACGUUGACAGAUAUCACUUCCGGAGUAUCGACAAGCGGACCAACACCCAUGUUUCCCAUCUCUGCUUCUACCUCGUCUACUACCCCACGCAGCGAAACUGCUUCAGCCGGUAACAGCUUUGCUGGAACGAGUACAUCUAUUUCAGUAGCGACGAGCACCGCAUCCGCAUCAGUUCCGGCUCAAAAUAGUGUACCAGGCAGCUCCACGAGCAUUUUGGCACCAGCAAGCUCAACCUCGACACGAGCUUCAAAUGAGCAGCCUAUUUCUGGGUCAGCCGUGACGCCAGGCCAAACGUCUUCUCGCUCGCAGUCUCCCUCCUCUGGACCGCAGACCACAUCCCAGACCGAUAUUGUUGGCGGCCCAGGCCCUACAGUGCCAGCAACGCCCAGUAUUAUGUCUUCCAUGGCUAAAACCUCUUCCCGGCAGGCCGGGACGUCUUCAUUGCAAUCAAAUCUCCCGUCUUCCACAAGUUUGACUGUUGAAGUGACCAGUCAAAGAGGUUCCGUGGGGCCAGACUCUGAUCUGGAUAUAUCUUCAGCCAGUCAAUUCAGCUCACUUGGCAUGGAAGCCUCACCAAGUCUCCCAGCAACAAGUGAACCUGCAGUUGUGUCUCCCGCUUCAUCGGAAGAGGCAGGCCCAUCAACUCCAUCAAAUGCUCCAAACACAUUUUCCAGCCCAUUCAUCUCAACGAAACUAUCCAGCGACGAAUCAAGUGCUCAGCCGGGAAUUACAUCCUCUGAUGGUGUAUCGGAAGACCCAGUCCAGCUCAGCUCGUCAGACUCUGCUCUUGAGCCAAAACCUACAUGGUCUGCUUCUUUUGAGAUACCAAGCCCGUCAGACUCCUUUGGUGCGCCUCCCAGCACGCGCAUCGUAACAAGUGAACCAUUGGCUGUGCCACCGGACUUGUCAUCGUCUCCUGAUCCAUCGGCAACACCAAGUGCUCUGGACCCUCCGGGCCCUCUUUUCAGUCUGAGCUCGCAGACAUCAUCAAGCGAGCCGUCAGUAAGCCAACUGGACAGCGCAUCCUUACCAGAUGAAACCACAAGCUUGGACAGCGGCAGUGCCUUCGAGUCCGUCUCUUCAGAAGAGGCAACAGAGAUCCCUACUUCCCAGCCAACGACAUCUGUAGCCACCUCCCCUGAUGCAGUUACUACUAGCUUGAGCCUGUCAGAGGCGCUAGAACCAGACUCGACGCUGAGCUUUGUGACUACAGAUGAUUCGACCAUUGUGUUGCUCAGCUCGUCUUCGAUUCUUUCGCAAAGCUCAGAUGGGUUCCCCACAACAUCUGAGCGCAGUGACAUAAAUGAACCAUCUAUGACGGCCGAGACCAGUGAAUCCACAGAGCCCGUGACCAGUGGCCUGGAUGAACCAUCUACGACACCUGGUACGAGUGACUCCACAGAACCUGAGACUAGUGGCCUGGAUGAACACUCUCCAACUUCACAACCCAUUGAGUCAGAUGAAUACUCUACAUCUCAGAUUAGUGGUUCCGAUGAGCCCUCUACAACUCGAGACACAACUGCUUCGGGUGAAUACUCUACAUCUCAGAUCAGUGACUCGCACGAGCCCUCUACAAGUCAAGAGAUAACUGCUUCGGAUGAAUACUCGACAUCUCAAUUCGGUGGGGGAACACCCUCUACGACUCCACAGGCCAUUGCGUCAGACGAUUACUCUUCGUCUCGGACAAGUGAUCCGGAUGAACCCUCUACAACUUAUGAGACCACCGGAUCGAAUGGGCCGUUCACAACGCCCGAACCUAGUGAGUCGCUGGCAGCCGAAGCUUCCACGACAUCCCAGAGCAGCGGCUUGGACGAAACCUCUAUCAUAUCUGAUAGUAGUGCCAUCAGCGAAAUCUCCACGACUCCCCAGACCACUGUCCUGGAGGAGCCUUCCACAUCUCAAGAGAGCACUGGCCCGGGUGAACCUAGUCUGACUUCUGGGACCAGUGGCUCGAAUGAGGGUUCAACAACUCCACGGACCACGGUCUCGGAGCAACCCUCCACAGCUCAGGGUACCAGUACGAUGGAGGACUCGUCCACAACGCCCGAGUCAAGUCCUUCGAGUCAGGCCUCGAUGGAACCCCAAACCAGUGGGUCGGAUGGAUCAUCCACCGGGCUUGAGGCCAGUACCUCAGUUGGACUUUCUACGACUCCAGCGGCCAUCCCAAUAUCCUCCACACAGGGAAGCUCGAGUCCCAGUACCACCGUUGAGUCAAAGUCAAGCAAAGAAACAGCCACGUCCAGCCAGACCCCAUCAACAGGAAGCUCCAGCUCCAGCUCCAGCUCGACAUCGUCAACAACCCAUUCCAGCUCAAGUUCCAGCUCAACAUCGACAUCGACUAGCUCCAGCUCCAGUCCAACGUCAACAUCCAGCUCGUCGUCAACAUCGAAAUCGUCAACCAGCUCGUCAACCAGCUCGUCAACAUCCAGCUCAACAUCGUCUCGAAGUUCAACAUCGUCGUCGUCUUCAAGCUCUCGAAGCAGCAGCUCGAGCUCGAGCUCGAGCAGCAGCAGGCCUCAAGCAACCCUGAAUUGCGAUACUAAUGGUUACUUGAUCCAGGGCUCGUCUUCUGCGAGCCUUUAUCGAGUCGACAUAAAGACCGGGGAAAGCACCCUGAUCAAGUCUCAAGUCUGGGGCAGCAGUACCGCUUUGAACGCGAUGGGCUAUAAUAUUGCGGACAACCUGCUUUAUGCGGCCUUUACUUCAACUCGGCCGUGCCAACUACUGCGCAUCGCCGGUAACGGGGACGCAGUCAGCGUCGCGACGCUCAACGUCACCGGCUGGACGGCCGUGAGCGCCGGCGACGUUGACGAAGAAUCGCAAUACUGGGCGUCAGAUGCGGGGAACUCCUGGAUACAAGUCGAUCUGAGGCGAAACUCGACCUCAUACGGCACGAUCGUCAGGUCAGGCAUCGCAGACCCCAGCCCGUACAGGGUCAUCGACUGGGCGUAUGUGCCCGGGAGAGGAAACUUCCUCUGGGGGCUCGGCGCUGUCGGGACGAAUCCCACCGCCACGAUCCUGAUGCAGUUCAACCGCACCAGCGGGGCCUGGAACCCCCUUGCCAACUUUGGCGAUGUGGCGGGCACGGGCACCGGGACUUCGCGCAACGCGUGGGGCGCCGUCUACGCCUCUGACGACGGAUUCUUGUUUGGAUCUGAGAACAAUAGCGGUCACAUUUUCAAGUUCUCAUUGGUACCUGUGAAUGGAGUGUACCCGCCCCCUGUCAAGAUAUCAAACGGGCCGAUAUCCAACGGCAACGAUGGUGCGCGAUGUAUCAACGCUGCCAAUGUAGCAUGA